AUGGCCAGCGAUAAGGCAUGGGAGCUGGAGGAGGGAAUUCCUCAGGUCGAGGAUCCCUUCAUUCAGCAGUAUUUGAAAGGACGCGACGCCCUGAUCACGGAAGAACAGAAGAGACGUCACGACGCGACAUUUCGCAAGACUUUGUCACCUAUUGCCGCCCGUGCAUGUAAAAUCGUCUCUCAGAUCCGUGCCCGCGAGCAGAACGAAGUGUGGACCACGGGACUCGAGAAUGAGGCCGCGCAUCAGUCAGAUGAGAUCCUCUACCCAGGCGUCAUGUUCCACCACGCGAAAGGUCGCAUGGAAAAGACCAAUCUUUGGAAGAUCGUCGAAAAAAUGCCCAAGGGGUCUCUUCUACAUGCGCAUAUGGAUGCCAUGUUCGAUAUCGACUUUUUGAUCGACCAGGCCUUGUCUACCCCGGGGAUCCACAUGUCGGCACCUCGACCGCUACUAACACACCAUGAUUAUGAUACUGCACCUGUGUCUUUUCAAUUCUCAUCUCGACUCGAAGCAUCCAAAGAUAAGCCUGCUGCCUGGUCCGAGGCGUACGAGCCCUCGUCAUUGAUCCCCAUCCAGGCAGCGGCGGAUUCUUUCCCUCGUCACGGAGAGGCUGGGUUCCGAGAAUGGUUGAAGAGUCGGUGUAUGCUGAUGCCGGAGCACUCGUACCAUCACUACCAUGGAGUCGAUGCGAUCUGGUCAAUCUUCACGAGAACUUUCCCGGUUAUUAACUCCAUCCUUAUGUACGAGCCCAUUUUCCGGGCAUGCUUCCGUCGCAUGCUAGGACAGCUUGCCGCAGAUGGAAUUAGAUAUGUGGAGUUCCGCAUCGCGUUUGUCUUCCGGUACAGGAAGGAGGGACAUGAUACGAUAGAAGAAGACUACCACGAGUGGUGCAGAGUUGUGGAAGAAGAAGUGGAAAAGUUCAAAGCAACCGAGGAAGGAAAGAAUUUCUACGAAGCACGCAUUAUCUGGACGACUCUACGAAGGCUGGACAAUCAGGAUAUUGUUGAGAGCAUGAAGCAGUGCAUCAUAUCCAAGAUGGAUUUCCCCACCUUGAUCAGUGGCUUUGAUUUGGUCGGACAGGAAGAUAAGGGCAGAACUCUCGUGGACCUUGUGCCGCUACUUUUCUGGUUCCGAAAGACGUGUGCAGAGGAACAGGUCGACAUUCCGUUCUUCUUUCACGCUGGUGAAUGUUUGGGGGAUGGUGACUCGACAGACCAGAACCUCUUCGAUGCCAUCCUACUGGGCACGCGACGGAUCGGCCAUGGGUUCUCUCUUUACAAGCACCCGCUACUUAUCGACCUGGUCAAAGAGAAGAAGAUCAUGGUGGAGUGUUGUCCCAUCUCGAACGAAAUCCUACGCCUGGCGAGCUCCAUCAAGACCCACCCGUUACCCGCGCUCCUAGCCAGAGGUGUGCCCGUGUCGCUCUGCAAUGAUGACCCUGCCAUCCUUGGCCACGGUAAAAAUGGACUGACGCACGACUUCUGGCAAGCCUUGCAGGGGUUGCAAAACGUCGAUCUUGUAGGCCUGGCGGUGAUGGUCCAAAACUCCAUCCAGUGGAGCUGCUAUGAGGACCAGUCGACUCCGGAGUGGAAACGUGAAAUCGAAGAGGGUAUCCUAGGCCAAGGGUUGAAGGCGACGCGUCUGCGCGAAUGGUGGUCUGACUUUGAGAAGUUCUGUGAAUGGGUAGUGUUGGAGUUUGCGGAAUUUGAUGAAGACGAUUGA